CUUUAGGAAGUGGUUUCACUUGGCUAAUUCCUGGAGUGACAGUAGAAGUGAGUCAAGUUUUUGGCGUCGUUGCCGGGGACGGCUAGGUUGUUGAAGAAAAGUGAUUUCUAUUAAUUUAGCUUUUCUUUUUGCUUUGUUUGCUUUGUCCCACUUGUGCUUUCAUGGGUUUGCUUGCUUGAGUGUGUGCAGGUAGUGCAUGACCCGUAGCCAGUCAGGAGGUUUACUGCCGUUGAAUCCAGAGAUUGACCGCAGCUGUCGCCAGCUCAGGAGACAACAGCGAGCUAGACUGGCUACGGAAGAGCGCCUAGACGGCCACUUGAGCAGCGAUUCUGAAGAAGAGUACGGGAUGGACGGAGACUACAAUCAGCACCAGGGGAAUCCUCAGCAGGCUCCCCCGGUGAAUCAGGUCCUGGGGAACAACCCCAUACCCCAGGAUCAUGGGGUUCAUCAUCCACCGCAGCCGGGUCCCACAUUGGAGUACUACUACACUCCUCGGAUUGCUGACAUCCGCCCGGUCAUCCUCUACCCGCCUAUUCCAGCAAACAACUUCGAGAUCAAGCCAUGCUGGAUUCAGCUCAUCACAUCCUCUAUCCAGUUUCAUGGCUUGAAGGAUGAGGAGGCCAGGGUGCAUCUGUCCCGUUUUCUGCAGCUGACAAACGGGUUCAAGCUGAAUGGAGUCCCGGAUGAUGCAAUCCGCCUUCAUCUCUUCCCCCAUUCUCUGGCGGGGAAUGCUAAGAGGUGGUUGGAGACCCAGCCCCCAUUGUCCAUCACCUCUUGGGACGAUCUGGCUGACAAGUUCGUGCACAGGUACUAUCCGGCAUCGAAGACUACAGAGAUUCAGCGGGAGAUCACUCACUUCCGCCAAGAGCCAGAUGAGUCACUUCGUGAUGCUUGGGAGCGGUACAUGGGCUAUUUCUGGCAGUGUCCCCAUCAUGGCUUUAGUGAUGCAUUCACAGUGGGGAACUUCUACAGUGCUCUCUCCCCAGAUAGCCAGAGGGUGAUUGAGUCUUUAUGCCCAGGAGGGGAUAUUCUUACUAAGACUCCACCCGAGCUGAACCAGAUGAUCAGUACUUUGGCUGCCAGAAAUCAUUCUUGGGGACAGGGUAGCCGAGGCAGACAGUACCGGGACCGUGGUGUGCACGCCAUGGAGACCAGAUCCGGGCUCGAGCAGCAGGUAGCUGAGCUGGUGCAGACAUUGAAGCAGCCCAACAGUCUUAUUCCGGGCAGAGGUUUGGCUACACCUCCAGUAGCUCAAUGUCAGUGGUGUGAGAGCUCCAAUCACUUAGUGGAGGACUGCCAGGCUAUGAGGGAGUCUACCACACCCCAGGAGCAGUUGGCCUUCAUCGCCAAUGUGUGGCGCCUCGAUCCAGACAGUAACACAUAUAAUGAGGGGUGGCGCCAGCAUCCCAAUUUCGGUUGGAGCAGCAACACCACUAAACCACCUGGUUUCCCAGCACCAGCAGGUGGUUUUCAGCAGAGGCAGCCCUUCCAGAUUGAGAGGGUCUGAAGACCUUUAAUCGAGACUUCAGGCUGUUUAAGAACCUUCCGCAGUAUAACUAUCAUAGAAACUGAACUUGGUAAUUACAAUCCGGCUUAACUGCAGUCUAGGGGGAACCAUAUCCGGGUGACCUCUCUUAACCUGAAUACAACAGUUUACUUGCU